AUGGAUAAGACUACGUUGCACCGUCAUUCGGAGAACGUAGGAGCGCAGCCGACUAUGACGCGUUACAAGAUCCGGUUGAAGGUGCCUGCAGGCGAGGCGGGAUAUGACGAGAAGUAUCGCGAAGCUCAGAAGCUCUUGUUUUCGGUGGAUCCGGCGAAGAUCGUUUCUUUGACCAAAGACCGUCAGACGAAAUCGGUACCGGUGAAUGAGAUUUUGGCUGAAGACUUGGUCUCGGCGCGCAGUCACAAGUCCCGGCAGAGGUAUGGAGGCGACAUAAGUCACCGAGGAGACGCGGGCCAUGUGCGGCCGAGUGAGGCGUUUGCGUGCUUGCGGAAGUUCACCAACUACACCGUCAAUGAUUGGUAUCACUUGCCCCACCCCACCUUAGUUCUUGUGCCCGCCGUAUGCCGGUCCAACGGCAAUGGCGUCACCUACCCCGAGUUCAACUGCAGGGCCGAGGGGGGGAAGAAGGACGCCAACGAGACCGUGCUCGUAGACGAGGUCUACGCCAUCAAAUGCAGAGUCAGACACAGAGUCCUGAACGGCGGACCGCCCUGGUUCAGCGACAAGCUCGAGACGUACGAAGACGUCUACAACUUACUGGCCACCACCAUGCCAAUCGACAUCAUACAGUCCAGCUUCGAAUACCUCCACUCCUGGACCGAUCCCGACCUGCUCUACAUGAUCCGCAGAUGCGUUGAGAAACAACGCAUUACCUGGACUCGAAUCAGCCACAAAAUCAUCAUGUCUCUAGCCAACCCGGCGCUGCUCUCGGAGACCAAUGACGAGCUGCCACUGGCUCAAUUCAACAACCCACAACGUAAGAGGCAGGGGUGA